AUGGACGAAAGGCAACAAGAGCUCGUCACCGAGUUCUGCGGCGUCACUGGCGCCAGUCCGGCAUCUGCACAAACAGCCCUCGCUUCGGCCAACUGGAACCUCGCAGAAGCAGUCUCGCUCUUCUUCGCAGCUUCAGAGGAGCCAGAAGACGACGACCAAGAUAUGGAGGACGAAGCAUCUCCAGCACAGCCCACACCUGCACAACCCUCCCAACCAUCGGCGUCUUCAUCGAGCAAAAACGCGGGAAAGCGUCCUAAGCAGAUGACCAUCGACGACCUUAAGAAGCGCGAGGAGGGAGAUGAUGAUGAGUCGGAUGAUGAGCAGAAGAAACAGAACAUGUUCGCGGGCGGCGAGAAGAGCGGUCUAGCAGUCCAGAACCCGAACCAAGGCGGAGGGCCACCCGACCAUUUCAAGAACAUCAUGAACAAAGCCCGUCAGAACCACGAUCGCCCCAAGAAGCCAAACGAAGAGGCUCAGCCCGCAGAUCCAUCAAACUUCACCGGACGCGCACAGACACUGGGAGGCGACGACGCGCCGAGUCAGGUUGUGGAGGACCCUAAUGCGGCACAAAGGCAGAGACAGCAGAGUCUCCCUCGCGUGACACGGACGAUGCAUCUCUGGGCGGACGGUGUGAGUAUUGACGAUGGACCGCUCUUCCGCUUCGACGACCCGGCCAACCAGGCAAUCAUGGACCAGAUCAACCAAGGUCGUGCCCCACUCGCCCUCCUCGACGUCCAGCCCGGGCAAGAAGUCGAUCUCAACCUCGAUCCUCACAAAGACGAAAACUAUGUCGCUCCGAAGAAGACGUACAAGCCGUUCGGCGGGUCGGGUCAACGUCUUGGCUCGCCAACGCCUGGUCCUAAUCCUUCUUCAUCAUCCGCCACUACUCAACCCGCGGCAGCACCAGCCACCUCAUCCUCAACAACCACGACUCCCCAAUCCGUCAACGUCGACGACUCGCAACCCACCAUCCAACUCCAGAUCCGCCUUGGCGACGGCACGCGUCUAUCCUCUCGUUUCAACACCACGCACACGGUCGGCGACGUGUAUGCCUUCGUCAGCGCGGCGAGCCCGGAGAGUCAGCAGAGGGCUUUUGCGCUGAUGACGACGUUUCCGAGUAAGGAGUUGGAGGAUCGGAGUGUGGUGUUGGGCGACAUGGCGGAUUUCAAGAGGGGUGGGGUUGUGGUGCAGAAGUGGACGUGA